AUGGUAACCCUACCCUGCCCCCUCCUCCGCCCUUCUCCGCCCAACACACGUCUCUCUUUCUCUUUGUCUACAGAGAGGUUACGCAUUCAACAGGGUGACCGGCCUCUGCACGCGGUGCGAACAGGGGUCCUACCAGCCGUCAGUCGGCCGGUCACCCCAGUGCACCGACUGCCCCCCCACACUCACCACCACACGCGAUGGCGCCACUGAUGUGGCGGAGUGCACGUGUGACGAGGGGCAGUACUUCAACCGGUAGGUGUGGUGAGACAUCCUGUUGAGAGCGCAUGCACUCAGGGGUUUGUGUUGUGUGUGGUGUGGUGUGUGUGUGUGUAGGGAGACGGAGCGGUGUGUGACGUGCCGAGAGGGGGAUGGACACAACUGCACUGGGGGGAAAGAGGUAGUGCACAUACGGCCGGCCACCCACUUGUGUGUCUGUAUUGGCGUCCGUGCAGCUGCCUCUCGUCUUGUCGGGCUACUGGGGGUCACCGAUUUCAGAGAGAGAUGAGGUGCAGUCAGUGCACAAGCCACACUGUCUGUCUGUCUGUGCACUGCACAAAGGACACUCAUGGUGUGCGCACGGCGCAUUCAUACGCACACAGGCGGCUUUCACUGGCUACGAGAUAUACCAAUGCGAGCCAAUCGGUGCUUGCCCAGGUGACCUGGUGCCUGGCGCAUUGAGUCACCAGUGGACCAUUUGCCCUCUCUCUCUGUCUGUCUGUCUGUCUGUCUGUCUGUGUCUGUGUGUGUGUGUGUGUGCGUGCGUGUGUAGGUGGCCAGGCUGACACGUGCGCGGCCAAUCGAGAGGGCCUCGCAUGCGGCGUGUGCAAACGCGGAUACGUCGACGCGCAAAACACCGGUCGGUAUGCAUCACAGUGCGCCAAAGACCACAUAUAUGAGUGCUAUGUAGGCCAUACAUUUGUGUUGUGUGUGUGCAGGGCCAUGCACCGAGUGCAACACCACCAAGGGUAUCCGUUUCCCUCCAAGCUCAGAGACAGACAUGAUUGAUUGUCUACGUGUGCGUGCAGGGUAUACGACGCCCCUGCUGUUCCUCUUUGGGGUGACCCUCCUGUGCGGCGCCUUCUACGUCGCAAUCAACUCGCAGUUCACCGCGUAUGCAUACAUACACACACACGCAGAGGCACACGCAGAGGGACACUCGUCUGUGUACGUGUGUGCAGGCGGACCACUGUGACGUCCAUUGUGUCUCUGUCUUUGGGGCUCACGCUCAACUUCAUACAGCAGCUGGGCGUCGCUUACAACUCAUACGCCGUGCAGUGGUGCGCAAGCAUGCGAUAAGAUGCAAAAGAGAGAGAGAGAGAGAGAGAGCAGCGGCCCUCAUAGCGAUGUCAUGCCGCUGCUCUCAUUCUCGCUGCAGGCCGUUGUCAUUCUCGGCGUAUUUUCAGUACCUGAAUGUGUUUCUGCUGGACUUUUCCUUCAUACGCAUCUCGUGCAUCGGCGUCAACACAUUCGAAAGACGGUGCGGUCCGCACACACACACAUGCGCUCCCACCCAUCUGCAGAGGUGUGUGUGUGUGGGCGUGUGUGCAGAUACGUAUUCGAGCUGGCGAGCCCCUUCAUACUGCUGGCGAUAUUCUUUGUGUAUUGGUUGCUGUCAUACGCUGUGCAUUUACUCGUGAGAAAUGUACGCAUGUGCGAGAAGACAAGAAUAGAUAUGUUCGGUGGGUGUACUGGCGCAUUGUGUGCAGGUGAACGCUCCCCGUGUGCGUCUGCUGCGUGUGCUCAAAGGUAUGAUCAUGAAUGUGUGUGUGGUGGGUGAGUGAGUGGGGGUAGGGGGUCUGGCUGUGUGUGUGUGUGCCGGCUUGUGUGCACUGCAGAUGGCACGCCCCUGGACAUGGACAAGCUGUUCAGCACCAUUGGUAUUCAAUUCACACAAUUAACUACACGCGAGAGACAUUCAUUUGCGUGCGUGAAUGUAUGUGUGGCGUGUGUCUCUUGUGUGCUGACAGGUGUGAUAAUAUCUGCUGCGUACAUCGCUCUGGCAAGGAUUGCUCUCAGCCUCUUCACUUGCAGAAAGGUACAGACAGAUAAGCUUAUGCGCGGGCACACAACACACCCACCAUGCCAGUAUCCAUCCACGCACACAACACAGCAUCCGUCCGGCCAGUGGACCAUCAAGGCAUUCCCUGAAGUGUUGUGUAGAGGUAGGUAACACACACAUGAACACUUCGAGUGUACACAUACGUUUCCUGUGUGUCACACCCUUGCGUGUGUCCAUCUCCUUCGCACACACAGGAAAUCGCUUCGCGUCUGUGUUGCCUUUCGGUGUGUCGGCCAUCAUUCUGUACCCAAUCGGAAUACUGCUCUGGUUCGGGGGCGUCUGCAUACGCGUAAGUGUCUGUCUAUCCAUGUAUGAGAGACACACGCACAUACUUCCACAAAUCAUGCAUUCACACAGGCCCCGUAUCGCUUCGAUGACGUGAGAUUCCGCACUCGGUGAGCAGCAGAGUAAGUGAGUGGCGAAUGUGCGUGGUGUCUAUGUGUCCCUCCCUGCAUCUGCGCGUGUGUGUGCGUGUGCGUGCGUGUGUGUGAGUAGGUACAAGUUCCUUUUGUAUCGGUUCACGCCCGACAAGUACUGGUGGGGUGUGGUCAUACUCGCGAGGUGGGUGGAUGGCUGCACCACAGAAAUGCGGCGAAGGACAUGCUUACAUGGGGUGUCUCGUCUCGUGUGUGUGCAGGAAUAUGCUGCUGACGCUGGCAGCAGUCAUCUUCCCAUCUGAUGGCUACGCGCAGGUGGCUCUUUCAUUGCCAUGCACACAGAGGGCAUAAGAUGGAUCUGCGUAUAUGUGUGUGUGUGUGUGCAGGUGUACUACACGGCAGCUGUGCUGAUUGUGAGUGUCGUCAUGCAAGUCAGUCAGCACACACACACCGCACACCCACACACAACAGCGAGACACACACAUCCAUGCCAUCCACAAUGCAGGUGUAUCACAUGCCCUUUCGGGACCCCCGCAACAACUACCUGGACAUGAUCCUCACCAUGAGUACGCACAUCCAUCCAUCCAUCCAUCCACAAACUCAUGUCUCCCCCUUUGUGUGUGUGUGUGCAGUCACAUUGUUCAUCAUUGUGGUGGGUGUGUUCUUCAUCGACUCGCAAGACAGAAAGCCCGAGGCAUACGCGAUCGUGCUGACCGUCUCUGUCACGCUUCCGUGUUUGCCGUGCUGGUACGAACUGAUGAUGGACGGAUGUGAUGUGUGGGGGCAUAUGGACAGGUAGUCAUGCGGUCAUGUGCUGUGUGUGCAGGUAA